CCUUGACCUCACAUGGACACGUUUUCCAAAUCAUCCAUCAUUUCACUUCAAAGUUUAAUUGCUGGUCGAUCCCAAGUACUUACGCAGCAUCUAGCAGCAGCCGUGUCCAACACUGACCAGUAACGCGAGGAGCUCGGCGAUGGCGUGAUGACAGGGCACCGCUUGCUCCAUCGUCACAGUCCUCCAUCCUCGCAUUGAUCCGCCCAGCGCUGCUUUUUCCACGCGCGCGACACCAUGGCGAGCAGCAGUAGCAGCAGCAGCAAUAAUGCUGCGCCCCGCAGGUCCGGGACCCUGCGCGACGCCCAUCGAUCGGCGACCAGCCUGCACCACACUAGACGACAGUCGGCCAGCGACCGCCUGGACGAGAUUCUGGAGAACGCCCGCCAGCGAGCCGACGACAUGGCCGCUGACGCAGCUUCGUCGCCCGGGAUCCCAGAAUCAUCCAACGCCACAAGCCUCAGACGAUCUGGCACGACGCUCUCGUUCGAGGAACCCUCCCCAUCGGCCGACGAGACGACGGCGUUUCUUCCCCCAUCGCAAGGCGCACAUCGGAGCAGCUACUCUUCGAUUACGAAUGACGUAAAUGGAGGGCAUAGAAAGUCCGUGUACCGACGGCCGAGGUCAUCGCGGCAGCAAAACGAGGAGGAUACCGACCCCAAUGGCCCUGUAGACGCAGACCCAAGCCAUGGCUCGUUCGAGGAGGCGACGCCCUCCUCGUCGUCCUCUUGGUGGACCAAGGUCACACGUCCCUUCCGCUCCAUCGAGCUCGAGAACAAGGGCAGCGUGGCGCGGGACCAUCUCGCUCUCGAGCGCACAUUUCUCGCCUGGCUGCGCACCUCGCUAGCCUUUGCCUCCAUUGGCAUCGCCGUCACGCAGCUCUUCCGCCUCAACACCUCGCUCCCCGACUCGGGCUCACUCAACCAGGACACCCUUCGGCAGGUGGGCAAGCCGCUGGGCGCCGCGUUCCUGGGCAUCAGCAUCCUCAUCCUCCUGCUCGGCUACCGACGCUUCUUCCUCGGGCAGCAGUGGAUCAUCAAGGGCAAGUUUCCCGCGAGUCGGGGCACGGUCAUGCUGCUGGUGCUUGUCACGCUGGCGAUCAUGGUUCUCAGUUUGGUCGUGGUUAUAGUGAUCCAUCCCAAGGAGGAGUGACAGUUUUAGGAUACCAUCUAAAAAUGCAACAGACAAGCAACAGCACGAACACACAUCCUGAACCUAGAGCCUUGGCGUAGUUG